AUGCUCAAUCGUAUUAUUGGACGCAGAAGACUGCUCGUCUGUGGUCGACUACUGCGUCCAUUCGUCGGCAGUUUCAGCUGCGUUUCAUCUCCUCCCUCCUCUCCAAUUACCCUCGGGGAUCACAACAUCAAUCACAUGUUUGGUGCGUACGAGGAGGUUCUUUCCAUCCAGAUCCACUAUCUUCGUCAGGGCCUAGGAGCCAACAAUAUCCUCCUAUUUCCCGGUCCAUUCGGCUCCAUCAGGACUGAUUACAUGGACUUCCUACAGCGUCUGAACAUAAACGAGUACGUUCCCUGGGGCUGCUUGGCACUGUGUGUUUUGACCAACUGGUGUAGAUAUAGACGGAGAUAGGUGUAGAAAGUCGCACUAGGAUACAUCAUAUAGAAGUGGCCCAGUAGCCGACGACUACACUAUGUACGCUGUUGGUACACCCUCAAGAUUGGGUAGACCAGUUUGGUAAGCGUGAAUAUUCGUAUACAACAGUCAUUGUGGUGUCUGCAAUGCAGGAUGUUGUGACGAAACUAGCAAAUCUGCCACUACACACACAGUUAUGAUCAUCAAUGAAGGAUGCUGAAGGGAGACCAUCUGCCACGAUUAUCCAUACAUGCUCUGGAUAUGGGACACAAAUCUACUAAAUUUAUGCUCGAAGGAAGGGUAUAAUUCGGUUUUAAAAAAGUUUCUAAUUGUUGGACGUUUAAUAUCGUUGAAAAUCGAAUUAUACCUUUCCCUCGAGCAUAAAAUUAGAAGAAGGCGUAAUAAUCCACCGAAUGAGCAGAAGAAUGAAUACUUUUGUGCAUGUUUUCCAUGAAAUACAAUUGGACUAUUCGGGGCAUCGAAAGUCAAUGAGAAAAUUUUAUGCUAAGUAAGUAGUCAUUUUUUACAGAGUGCAGUUUUUGCAUGCAGCCGGAAGGAAGUUCAUUCGAAAGUCGGCAUCCUGAGGUGACUGAACUAUCAUGUUGCAGACUAACUAGUUUUACAAACCUACUUAAUUAAUCUUUUCGAAACGAAAACGCAUUUCCAAAUUCCCGUUGACAUUUCAUCAGUUAGUCCACCUACUGUAAUUCAUGCAUGCGUGUAGUCUGGAGAGGUUCUCUCGGACGUCACGUUUUAAAAUUUAGCGGACUCGCCCGCCAGUUGUACGUCUGACGGCGAUGACGACGACGACAACGACCUAUGGCAAUAAGUUUUAAAAUAUCCGAAACAAAGUUUGUUGUUUCCUCAAUUGACUUCUUCAGCAUGAACAUAUACACACGCAAGGAAGGAGGAGCGUCAACGUCUGUGAUGACUGCACGUGGCCUAUGAGAACAUCUUCGUUUACAGUAGGCCAGAUUAUCUGGACACACAAUAACCCUUAUUGCGCGCACAUUUUGAUACAGGUUCCCCAGCUCAUUGUCAGACUUACGGGACACACACAAAAACAGAUCACCCUUUAACCCUGUUGAAGAAGUGAUUCUGCAGUUGGCUGAAGCUUGCGCCAUUCGCGUCAAUUGCAUUUCUUCAUGCCCUCGACAUUGGCUACACUGGCUUUCAUUUGUCCCUGAGGAAUUUGUGAGUGGCAUCUCAACCGAGAUGCCGAUUGAUGCAGGGCACAGUUGAUUGAAUUACUUCAGGAAUUGACAGCGCAUCCUAAUUGGUAGAAGGAUGAAAACUAUAAGAGUGUUCUCCCAUGGGCAAGAUGGUCCCCCUCUCCUCAUCACCGCUAACUGACGCUCAUCUACAGGGUUUCAGACGGAUUUCCAGUUCGGCAUCAAUAGACGGCAUCAAAACUGGCACAUGGGAUCAUGCAUACAACGUCUAUUCUUUCAAAGGGAAUUAAUUUACCCUGGAGAGUUUUACUAGAGAAAGAGGUUGUCACACUUGAAAAGUGGUUUUUUGUCUGAUUCUAGCUAUGGGAAUCAGUUUGCUGUCACAGGCGUUAUUUUAGAGAGUCAAGUGUUUUAUCGAUUGUUAAAGGUCAGAUUAGCAGGUCUGUGCGUUUUCGUCCCCUAAAGUGCAGUAAUGAUGCAUAGGGGGAAUUGGUUGUUUAAAAGGGCCGACAUUGUUUUGUCAUUUGAUGAACUCCAUGUUUUGACACCAAAACGACUCUCACCGAAUAGUCAUGUUCAGUUUGGAACAUAUGAAAUAUUGAUUGUCGCGCGGUCUAGUUUCUGCGCAUGCGUAAUUUAGAAAUGGAAGGAGAAAAUCAUCGGCAAAAUAUCAGUGUUCUGAGUUAUCGAAAGCAUGUAAACACAUAACGCAGAGUUUGUCUUUAUAUGCAAUCCAUGCAGUACACUGCACAUUUCAAGGUAUGCAGGGAUGUCUCAAGGCUGAUCUGAAAUUCAGUGUAAUCUAGAACAAACAAGACGUCCGAAUUAGUUUUACGGAAGAAAAGUCCUGGCAACAUGUGCUCUUAUGAAAACUGUUAUUCCCAUGGCAUGCCCGUUGGCGAAAUCAAGUGAAAUCCUCUAAAAGAAUAUUUAAAUGUGAAAUUUGCUAAAAGACCACUUUCAGACGUCAGUCUUCAAGUACUGCUUAAUAUACUCGUUUUCUGUAUGAACAGACAUUCCGUAUAUCUAGAACUGGAUUUUACACGAUUGCAACCAUCUUUGACUUUUUCGGAAUUUUCUGCUUUUCUCAAAGAAUUAUAUUUCUAAGCAAUCUACCAUUAUCUUUGAUUAAUAUUGACACAGGGUGCAUGCAUUGGUGUCGGUUAGCGAGUAAUUAGCAGUCUUUUGUAUAUUUCGACACCUUGCAUCACUCCACCUCUCGAAGGCGCAAAGUCGCUUUCAGUCGCGUAGCCGGCAAACCAAGCACUGUCAGAACGAAUCAGUAGCGCCACUGAAGGUCACUCCCGAGGGAUGUGUUUGAAGUCAGCCUGGGCAACAUGCAUUCAUUAGGCCUUGGUGGUGAACACAAGGGAGAGUUUUGAAUGUGGGAAUAUUAGCAGGUUGUACUAGGGGCUGGUCUGCUCGCUAUACUACUGCAAAUAUCCUACGCCAGGGAGUUAGUCUAUAGAUGGUUACCACAGGACGACCCCCCACCCGUCCCCCCCCCCUCCCCACCUAUGUUUACGCUGAUAGGCUUGGAUCCGCCGGGCUGCGGUUUCAGCAUUCCCCCGCCCGCGAUGGUAAUUAUCCGCAGAUCCUACUGUAGGAUGCCAGAGUUGGCGUGGACUUGAUGCUCCAGCUGGGUUAUCUGCCCUUCUCCUGCAUGUGCCGUUCAGGGGGCGCUCAGUCAGCCAUCCGGGGCAGCAUCGGAGUUGAAUAUUGACGGUCAGCUGCAUUUUGGUUGGCCAGACCGGAGUUGAUGACGGAGUACCGACAGGGGGGGGAGCGGGACGGAGUGGGCGUUGACUGACAGUUCGACCAUCGAUUUCGAUGAUGUCCACCGUGUGCCCCACAGCAGGUUGGAGCAGGGACGGUGACUUACGCAGGGGUAUAUAGUGCCAGUAGACUUGCGUAGCAUCUACCUACACUCUCACCUCCUCCCCCGCCUGGCCCCGGUGUCAAGACAGAGUCAAGAAGACCGGAGACGAGGGAGGCCGCAGGUGGGUGGCUCGGACGGAUCCUCACCUUGGCGUUCCACCACACCCCCUGGUCCACACAACAAUAACCAGGAUUUCAACCAACAACAGAGAUUUGGAGGCUGGCACGGACGAAACCACACCUAGGCGUGCCGCCAACGCCUGGCUCGGAUCCCACACUGUGGUGGGAAUGCCAUAAAGGGAUGUGGUGGUAUGGUAUCGCCGGCCUCACAUCACGACAUCCGUUCACCUGAGCGCCAAGCCGAGGGCGGUGCGUGCGUGCGUGCACACACGACCUUUGUCCGCCUACAAUCCCGACCAGAAAAUGACACAUCGUCGAUUAGCGUCGAGCUGUCUCCACGACGUGGCCGAGUCACGUGUGUUGCAAACAGCAUCCCAUUGGUAGGUGAUAUUUAGGCUGACAGAAGGCGUCAUGAGGGCAUAACCAGACUGACGAUUAGGAGAACGGACUGCCACAGGCACACAAGUUCGCCUCAACCGCUGAUUGUCCUACCACACAACAUCUCCGCUACAGCCACCGCCACCGUCGCAGGACAGGUUAGUAAUCAGUCAGUUAAACGGUCUUCUUCUGACUCAGUGCAGGUAUGGGUUGGACGAAUGGCAUUAAAUAGAAACAAACGGCAGGGCGUCAGGUAGAUGCUAGGGAUUACCCCAAAUCCACAAAUCCCACCUUUCACCUCGACUGAUCGUAGCCCUCGGCGGCAGCCCAGUCAGCCGGAUGACUCACAAACCCCACAUCUUCUUUGAGGUUCAUCUGGGACGUCAGUAAAAUCGACAUCUCCACUCCUCACUAAUUCCCGCUAGCCAAAAUGGUGCUUCCCGGAGGCGAUAAUGUUCUUCGACGUGACACUCCUCCUUGCAUCCAUCUCACCGCAUUUGGUGUGCAAGGCUAUGCGCUGCGUCCUGCAUGGAAGGAAGUAUGGCAAAUCACGGGCAUGUCUUUACUGAUAUUGUCAUCAUAUUUAAGUAGUAUUACAGACCGAUGCCUCCCGUCAUUCUGAGUAAAUUGCACACAUAUAUCUACAUUUAUCGUGCACUAGUGACUUAUGUGUCGGUGGUUUGCACUUUACAACAGCUAACUACAUUUUCUUCUCUUUGAAUCAUUGUAGAAAUUGCAUGUUUAUGCUCAAUCGUAUUAUUGGACGCAGAGGACUGCUCGUCUGUGGCCGACUACUGCGUCCUUUCGUCGGCAGUUUCAGCAAUGUCGCAUCUCCUCCCUCCUCUCCAAUUAACCUCAGGGAUGACAACAGCAACCACAUAUUUGGUGCCUACGAGGAGGUUCUUUCCAUGCAGAUCCACUAUCUUCGUCAUGGCCGAGGAGCCGACAAUAUCCUCCUAUUUCCCGGUCCAUUCGGCUCCAUCAGGACUGAUUACAUGGACUUCCUACGGCGUCUGAACAUAAACGAGUACGUUCCCUGGGGCUGCUUGGCACUCUGUGUUUUGACCAACUGGUGUAGAUAUAGACGGAGAUAGGUGUAGAAAGUGGCACUAGGAUACAUCAUAUAGAUGUGACCCAGUAGCCGACGACUACACUAUGUACGCUGUUGGUUCACACUCAAGAUUGGGUAGACCAGUUUGGUAAGCGUGAAUAUUCGUAUACAACAGUCAUUGUGGUGUCUGCAAUGCAGGGUGUUGUGACGAAACUAGCAAAUCUGCCACUACACACACAGUUAUGAUCAUCAAUGGAGGAUACGGAAGGGAGACCAUCUGUCACGAUUAUCCAUACAUGCUCUGGAUAUGGGACACAAAUCUACUAAAUUUAUGCUCGAAGGAAGGGUAUAAUUCGGCUUUAAAAAUGUUUCUAAUUGUUGGACGUUUAAUAUCGUUGAAAAUCGAAUUAUACCUAUCCCUCGAGCAUAAAAUUAGAAGAAGGCGUAAUUAUCUACCGAAUGUGCAGAAGAAUGAACACUUUUGUGCAUGUUUUCCAUGAAAUACAAUUGGACAAUUCGGGGCAUCGAAAGUCGAUGAGAAAAUUUUAUGCUAAGUAAGUAGUCAUUUUUUACAGAGUGCAGUUUUUGCAUGCAGCCGGAUGGAAGUUCAUUCGAAAGUCGGCAUCCUGAGGUGACUGAACUAUCAGGUUGCAGACUAACUAGUUUUACAACCCUAAUUAAUUAAUCUUUUCGAAACGAAAAAGCAUUUCGAAAUUGCCGUUGACAUUUCAUCAGUUAGUCCACCUACUGUAAUUCAUGCAUGCGUGUAUUCUGGAGAGGUUCUCUCGGACGUCACGUUUUAAAAUUUUGCGGACUCGCCCGCCAGUUGUACGUCUGACGGCGACGACGACAACGGCGACCUAGGGCAAUAAGUUUUAAAAUAUCCGAAACAAAGUUUGUUGUUUCCUCAAAUGUCUUCUUCAGCUUGAACAUAUACACACGCAAGGAAGGAGGAACGUCAACGUCUGUGAUGACUGCACGUGGCCUAUGAGAACAUCUUCGUUUACAGUAGGCCAGAUUAUCCGGGCACACAAUAACCCUUAUUGCGCGCACAUUUUUGAUACAGGUUCCCCAGCUCAUUGUCAGACUUACGGGACACACACAAAAACAGUUCACCCUUUAACCCUGUUGAAGAAGUGAUUCUGCAGUUGGCUGAAGCUUGCGCCAUUGCACGUCAAUAGCAUUUCUUCAUGCCCUCGACAUUGGCUACACUGGCUUUCAUUUGUCCCUGAGGAAUUUGUGAGUGGCAUCUAAACCGAGAUGCCGAUUGAUGCAGGGCACAGUUGAUGGAAUUACUUCCAGGGAUUCACGGCGUAGCCAUAUUGGUAGAUGGAUGAAAACUAGAAGAGUGUUCUCCCAAGGGCAAGAUGGUCCCCCUCUCCUCAUCACCGCUAACUGACGUUCAUCUACAGGGUUUCAGACAGAUUUCCCAGUUCGGCAUCAACAGACGGCAUCAAAACUGGCACAUGGGAUCUUGCAGACAACGUCUAUUCUUUCAAAGGGAAUUAAUUUACCCUGGAGAGUUUUACUAGAGAAAGAGGUUGUCACAGUUGAAAAGUGAUUUUUUGUCUGAUUCUAGCUAUGAGAAUCAGUUUGCUGUCACAGGCGUUAUUUUAGAGAGUCAAGUGUUUUAUCGAUUGUUAAAGGUCAGAUUAGCAGGUCCGUGCGUUUUCGUCCCCUAAAGUGCAGUAAUGAUGCAUAGGGGGAAUUCCUUGUUUAAAAGGGCUGACAUGUUUUGUCAUUUGGUGAACUCCAUGUUUUGACACCAAAACGACUCUCACCGAAUAGUCAUGUUCAGUUUGGAACAUAUGAAAUAUUGAUUGUCGCGCGGUCUAGUUUCUGCGCAUACGUAAUUAAGAAAUGGAAGGAGAAAAUCAUCGGCAAAAUAUCAGUGUUCUGAGUGAUCAAAAGCGUGUGAACACAUAACAGAGAGUCUGUGUUUAUAUGCAAUCCAUGCAGAACACUGAAAAUCUCAAGGUAUGCAGCGAUGUCUCAAGGCUGAUCUGAAAUUCAGUGUAAUCUAGAACAAACAAGACGUCCACAUUAGUUUUACGAAAGAAAAGUCCUGGCAACAUGUGCUCUUAUGAGAACUUUUAUUCCCAUGGCAUCCCCGUUGGCGAAUUCAAGCGAAAUCCUCUUAAAGGAAAUUUAAAUGUAAAAUUAGCUAAAAGACCACUUUCAGAAGUCAGUCUUCAAGUACUGCUUAAUAUACUCGUUUUCUGUAUGAACAGACAUUCCGUAUAUCUAGAACUGGAUUUUACACGAUUGCAAUCAUUUUUGACUUUUUCGGAAUUUUCUGCUUUUCUCAACAAAUCCAUAUUUCUAAGCAAUCUGCCAUUAUCUUUGAUUAAUAUAGACAUAGGGUGCAUGCAUUGGUGUCGGUUAGCAAGUAAUUAGCAGUCACACACACACACACACGACAGUUCGACCGUCGAUUUGGACGAUGUCCACCGCGUGCCCCACAGCUGCAGCAGCGGUGGGAGCAGGGACGGUGACUUGCGCAGGGGUUUAUAGUGCCAGUAGACUUCCGUAGCAUCUACCUACACUCUCUCCUCCUCCCCCACCUGAGCCCGGUGUCAAGACGAAGUGAAGAAGACCGGAGACGAUGGAGGCCGCAGGUGGAUGUCUUGGACGGAUCCUCACCUUGGCGCUUCACUCCGCACCCCCAGCUCCACAAAACAAAUGACCAGGAUUUUGACCACAAAACAAUGGGGUGACGGCAGUGGUCCAGUUAUGCGACGACUGCCGACAACAGGGUCUGCCAACGCACCCCGAAAGUGUUGGCAUUUGUUAUAGUGUGCGAUCCGAUAACGCCUGCCAGAAUCCAAUAUGGCUCCCGUGUUGGUCCAGCGCAUCUAACGCGUGGCUCGUUUGGAGGACACACAAACACAUGUGUAGAGUAGUCGUACCGUCUGUGAUGAACAAUCACCACCUCUCAAAUGUACUUCUGUCCGCCUUCCCCCCCUCCUCCCUUUAGGUUUACCGCGAUAGCCUUUGAUCCGCCGGGCUGCGGUUUCAGCACUCCCCCCACCCGCGAUUGGAGUGAUCCCGAGGUUCUGCUGCAGGAUGCCAGAGUUGGCGUGAAUUUGAUGCGCCAGCUGGGUCAUCUGCCCUUCUCCUGCAUCGGCUGGUCAGAGGGCGCCCUGUCAGCCAUCCGAGCAGCAUCGGAGUUGAAUAUGGACGGUCAGUCACAUUUUGAGUGGCUCACUCUGCUGGUGGCGCAUUUGCUUAUUUGUUCUAGAAUGCGCAUAUUGUGGACACUGUCAAAUGGCCAGUUGCCUGGCCUCAUGAUUUGA